AGAUAAUUGAAAAAUGAUCAAUAAUCGAGUUCUAUUUAAAAUAUUACUAACAGUAGUUUUAGUAAUUGGCUUUUUAAUUAAAGGAUUGUGUCUACCGUCUCGUUCAAAAAACAUAAUAUUUGAAGGAAUCGAAAUAGACACUAAAGAAAUUAUCAACAAUUCAGGAAAAAUCAGUUUUUUCGAUAAAAUAGAAAAUUCUAAUGCUCCCAAAUUCAUAAAACUCGAUGACAGCGUAAUCAUACGAACCGAAGGACAUUUUUUAGAAUUGAAAUGUGAAGCUGAAGGUAAUCCUAUACCGAACAUAACAUGGUAUAAAGACGGAGUCACGCCACCUCCACGCCAAAAUGGUAUGAUCAUAUACACACAGUGGACCAUGAGACUGGAACAUUUAAUGAUAAUGGAUUCCGCUAGAGAUCCAUUUUGGUACUAUUUUGAAGAAAUCCUUCAGGAUGUCACCACACUGGAAGGCACUACCAUAUCGUUUAGAUGCGGUGAACCUAUGGGUAUCAUGUACGAUUCAAUACAAUGGCGCUAUCAUAACGCCACGGUCGGGAAUGUAGAUGUAGAAAAUUUAGAAGACGGCAUUAUCAUAAAGAAUAAAAGUUUCGACAAUGACAACUUCAAUGAACUGAAAUUGAAUAACGUAACGCAGUUAGACGAAGGAUGGUAUACAUGCGUGUUCACUCUCAGCAUUCGGACGAAUGAUUCAUCUCCUGAACCCAAUAUCUUCAGUAUCUAUCGUAGUGCCUAUUUGAAAGUGAUUAAAAAGUCGGAAAUUCGAAAUGUGAAAACAUAUCAAUUGCAAGAGUACCAAUUGGCUGCACUGGGCAUUAGUAUUGUAUUGGUAAUUUUUGUCUGCGUCAUAAUGCUAGUACGCAAUCAGAGAGAGAAUAUGGAAUCGGUAGCCAGACAAUCGGAUAGCAAUGGAAUGAUCAUUCAAUGGACCAAGAAAAUAAUCAUCGAAAAACAACAAAAUCCCAGCAAAGAAGUAUUUCAACCGAUAGUGCAAAUUGAAAAACAAAAAAGCAAAUACACAACACAAGACCAAGCAUGCUUGACCGAAUACGAGCUGCCUCUCGAUCUUCAUUGGGAAUUUUCGAGAGACAGACUAUCACUAAAUAAAACUCUUGGUGAAGGCGAAUUUGGUAAAGUUAUACGUGGCGAAAUCGAUAUAAAUUUAUGCGAUAAUGUAAAGAACACGGUAGCGGUAAAAAUGUUAAAAGACGGACACAUUGAUACCGACAUGAUAGAUUUAGUAUCAGAAAUGGAAAUUAUGAAGAUGAUCGGUAAACAUGUGAACGUCAUAAGCUUACUGGGAUGUUGUACACAAGACGGACCUUUGUUUAUUCUAAUGGAAUUCGCAUUACAUGGUAAUCUCCGAGAUUUCUUGAGAAAACACAGACCAUUAUUAAGCUACGAACCAGUUAUAGGAGCAAACUUCGAUGAUACCUUAAUGGCAAAGGAUUUAUUAUCAUUUGCAUAUCAAGUUGCCAAAGGAAUGGAGUAUUUAGCGUCAAAAAAGUAUAUUCAUAGAGAUUUGGCAGCAAGAAAUGUAUUGGUUACCGAAGACUUUGUAAUGAAAAUUGCAGAUUUUGGAUUAGCAAAAGACAUUCAAAAUCAAGAAUAUUACAGAAAAACAACCAAUGGAAGACUCCCAUUAAAAUGGAUGGCACCAGAAGCUCUUUCCCGUGGACUGUACACGAUUCAGUCCGACGUAUGGUCUUACGGAGUGCUGUUGUGGGAAAUAAUGACCUUGGGGGAUAGGCCUUAUCCUUCCGUACCCAAUAUGGAGGUAUUGUUGGAUUUGCUCAAGAGUGGACAUCGUAUGGAGAAACCGUUUUACUGUUCUCAGGAAAUAUAUUCGGUAAUGCAGGACUGUUGGAAUAUCGAUCCGAGUCACAGACCCGCGUUCAAUGAGGUGAUGAAGUGUCUCGAUGAAAUUCUGUCAGUGACGUCCGAUCUAGAAUACGUUGACUUUAGGCUACCGCAGGUGGACACUCCGCCCACCAGCGUAUAA